CGGCCAAGAAACGGCUGGGCGAGGGUUGAGAUCUAGACCAGCGGGCUACCUAUAUACGAGUCGCCCGAGUCGUCACAGAAAUGGCGCACACGCAUUGUCGCACUAUAUUGCGCUGCCAUUGCCGAUGGUUGCAUUGGCGAUGGCGAUAGCAAUACCUUGUUUUUGUUCCACCCGAGCCAACCGAUCCAAGGGGAGAGAGACUGUCACCGCUCUCUCAGACUCUUGCUUCACACUGGGUCUGUUAGGUUACUCUUGUGCAUCGGCGAUGGGCGGGGCCUUUGGAGGGAGAUGCCCUUUACAAAAUGCCUCGUCAAUGGCAGCAACUCAUGCUCCUUGCAAACUGCGUUUCGAUUGGGGUAAGAGCAGGCACCGCUAUGGGCAUUCGGCGGCUCAAGACUUGCCCCAGAAAGACCAGACGAAGCGCGAAAGCGACAGCAACAACGCAACACGCACGCAGUAACGCACGCAGUGGCGCACGGAGCAUAUUCUCGGAUUGGCCCGAGCUGUCGGCAACAAAUCUCACUGGAUGCGCAAGCGCUUGACCACCAGGGUUGAUAUGUUGAAGCAUU